CCCCCCACCCCGCGCCCCGUCCCGCCCACCCGCCCAGUAGUCAAAGUCCGCACCGCGCUGCAGUCGGCCGCAGAGGCAGGCUGCUCCUUCCCGCCCGGACUCAGCAGGAUUCCAGACUGAAGUUGAAAAAAUGGCUAAUCUUACCCCGCUGAUGGACAAUGAGGUUCUCAAGGCCUUUGGUUCCUAUACAACGAUUAUUCUUGCAAAAAUGAUGUUUAUGAGCACUGCAACAGCCUUCUUUAGACUAACAAAAAAGGUUUUUGCCAACCCAGAAGACGCCGCAAGCUUUGGCAAAGGGGAGAAUGCCAAGAAGUAUCUUCGAAGCGAUGAGAGUGUGGAGCGUGUGCGGAGAGCUCACCUGAAUGACCUGGAAAAUAUUGUGCCAUUUCUUGGCAUUGGCCUCCUGUAUUCCCUGAGUGGUCCAGAUCUCUCCACAGCCCUCCUGCAUUUCCGAAUCUUUGUUGGAGCACGGAUCUACCACACGAUGGCUUAUCUGCUGCCCCUUCCCCAGCCAAACAGGGGCCUGGCUUUCUUUGUUGGGUUUGGAGUUACUCUCUCAAUGGCUUACAGUUUGCUGAGGAAUAAAUUGUAUCUGUAAAGAGCAUUAUACACUGUGUCCUCCAGCUGGUUUUCAAGAGAUUCCUUCUUGCAGUAUACAGUAGAAUGAAUAUUUUGGGGGAUUUAGAGAGGAGGAGAGUAGAGAAAUUAAAAAAUUUGGGGGAAAUCCAUUUUAAAGAUUAGUGUCACUGAUAGCCUUUAUUUUUGUUUUAUGUUUGCAUUAGAAAAUUUACAUAAUACUUAAGUCUUUUGUCUGAUUCUUAAGUACUGCAUUGUGAAUUUUCACUAUGUUAUAAUUUGUAACAUUUAACAUUUCAUAGUGUGAGUCUAUAAAAAAGAAUGAUUGCAUGCAUGAGAAACAUGUUUCAGUACUGCUUAAAUAGGCUGAGGAAAUAAAGAAUUUCAAGAAUGA